UCCCGCGCCGCCGCCGGCCCCGCCCCCAGCCCCGCCCCCCGUGCCGCCGAGCCAGGGCGGGCGGAGGCGGCGGCCGCCAUGGCGUGGCGCGGCGGCGGCGCCGCGGGCAGCUGCUGGAGUUUGGUGAGCCGUUCUCCGCCGUGUGGACGUCUCCACACUGCGGUUGUGUUCCUGAAGAGGAAAACUGGGGCAGAACACCAGUGGCUGGAGCGACAUUUGAAGGAUCCCUUUGUCAAGGCAACGAAACAGCAGAACUACCGUUGCCGAAGUGCCUUCAAAUUAUUGGAGAUAGAUGACAAGCUUCGUAUCCUUCGUCCAGGAUUUUCUGUCCUUGACUGCGGGGCCGCGCCUGGUGCUUGGAGUCAGGUUGCUGUAGAGAGGGUCAAUGCCUUAGGUACUGAUCCAACUGUCCCUACUGGUUUUGUCCUUGGAAUUGACCUUCUGCGCAUUUCCCCACUGGACGGAGCAGUCUUCCUGUCAGAGGCUGACGUUACAGACCCAAGCACGCUUAGGACGAUUCACAGUCUGCUGCCUGCGGAGAAGGUGGAUGUUAUCUUGAGUGACAUGGCACCUAAUGCAACAGGCAUCAAAGAACUGGACCAUCAGAAGUUGAUCAACCUGUGUUUAGGCCUUCUGAAUCUGUCUCAAAGCGUUUUAAAGCCAAAAGGAACUCUACUGUGUAAAUUCUGGGAUGGACAGGAGUCCCGCCUUCUUCAAGGCAGACUGAAGGAGCAAUUUCAAGAUGUGAGAACUAUAAAGCCUCAGGCCAGCCGGAAGGACUCUGCUGAAUCUUAUUACUUGGCAAGACUGUACAAAGGGAGAUGAAAGCUGAGAAUUGCAGGUUAUCAAACUGGUGAUCAGACACUGGUUGGAAAUUUUUACUUGGCAUGUAUUUAAAGUAAACCCCCAGCAUUAAGACCCCCAACUUCGAAUGUUGCAUUGUUGAGCACAACCUGAGAGAAUAUGCUGCAAUUCUUACAAAGAAUGCUUUUCAAAUACAAAAAUAAAACCAGGAUGGUGCCCUACUGAGUUUAUCCACUAAUUAUACAAGCAGAGACAUCCAAUUUAGCCUCUCACCUGUGGAGAAAACUGUCGGGAAUGGAGAGGAAUAAUCUGAAAGGCAACCUCCUGGGCUGGAAUAAUGGAAAUGAAAAUAAAACAGUGAUUAUAGUGUUUUA